CGGGCUUUACAGAUAGCGGUGGUGCCUUUGUUUUGUCACCGAGAAGUGACCGAUCGGAACUGGUUCGUACUUGCACACAAAUCAAAUUGCGUUACAAUUAUCGUUUUGACACUUGAUAUCGAUCGGACGCAGAAUUUUCGCACGUUCCAUGUAAUCAAAGAAACUAUCAAUCCAAUUCACAAAGUUAUGGCGACCACAGACAUGCAACAGCCAAGUUAUGGCAGACCCGAUUUCAGGCGUUCGCAAAAACAGGGCCUGGAAUUAACGCCGGAAGAGGUGAAAAUCUGGCAAGAUUGCAUGAAAAGCUCAAGCGUCAUGGUUCCGUCGAUAUUUGGUGCGGCUCUGGGAUACGGCGUCUUCAGGAUAUCGCGAUAUCACGCACAGGCCAAGUAUGCUGCUGUGGUCGGUGGCAUAGUAGGUAUGAUAAUGGGCAGAGUGACUGCUUCCGAGAAGUGCCUAGGAAAAGUAGCCUCUAUGCCAAACAGCACACUGAGAGAUCGACUGAUGGAAUUCAAAUAUGGAAACAGGCAUAUGGGUGAGGCACAGAUCUUCAAGGCACCAGAUACGGCGUCUCAAGAAGCUCAGGCUAUUGACGAGCUGUCGUCCUCAGCGGGAAUGGUGUUCGACGAUUACCCACAGAUGAACUCGUACGACACUUAUUCCAGUCUCAACGACAGCGGCGACGCUCCAGUCUCCGAGGACACGGAUCUGACCGAGACGAUCAGCCUGCCGAAGGGCACCACUUACGAAGAAUUGAGACAGAAGAAUAGGGAGGCUUAUUACCAGAAGGCCAGGCAAUAUUACGCUCCCAAAACGCCGGAGAGUUAUCCCGCGACGAGCCGGCAGCAGGCCGCCCCCACACCGAAUGUGCAGGAGAAGACGAAAUACGGCGACGUCUGGGGCUGAGGAGCCGGCUCGUGCAAUUUCCCCGUCGCAGUCUGAUCCCGCUGGCGGAUCGAAACCGUGUACAUAUGUAUCGAUUAGUUUAAUCUGAAUUUGAUAAAAGUCGUUCUGAAUUUGAACAUAAACAAGAUAGAUCGCAUAUUAUACGCUGCAUUAUAAUCAGAUCAGGGGGAGAGUGGAAAUCCAAAUUUUCCGCUAAAUAUAUACAAGAUGAAAUCUGAA